AUGGCGCCCUCCAAGCGGCGCAAGACGUCCGCCGCGUCAGAGCCGGUAUCCGAAAACACGACCCAAGGUGUGCGAACCCGGCGUUCCGCGGGCGCACGGGGCGACCUGCCCGACGCACCCGACGCAGAUCUCGACGCCGAGCCCGAAGAGCUCUUGUGCCCCAUCACGCGAACCGUGUUCCGCGAUCCGGUGAUGGUCUUCGAUUCGGGUCACACGUACGAGAGGAGCGCCGUCUUGGCGCACUUCCGGCGUAACGGGGCCAAGGACCCGCUCACGCGUCGCGCCCUGAGCAGCACGAAGGUGAUGACGAGCUGGGCGAUGCGGAACGUGGUGCAGGCUUGGCUGGACAGGCACCCGGACGUGACGCCCGACGGGUGGGACAGUCGCGAGCUUCUGGAGCCGUCGAAGGAUGACGGGACGCACAUGAUUGAGGAUGAUGGUGACGCCGGAGUGCUCCGGACAUGGCGUACGAUGAGCCCUGAACUGCAAGAGACGUGGCCGGAGGAUCAGCAACCGGAGUAUUGGGAAGGGGUGACGAUGGAAAACAGCCGGGUGGUGAAGCUCGAGUUGGAAGAUUUUGACUUGACUGGAGCGGUGCCGGCUGAGAUUGGGCAGCUCACGUCAAUGGUGAAGCUGAGCCUCACCAAAAAUCAGCUGACGAGCUUGCCGGCGGAGAUCGGGCAGCUCACAUCACUGAGGGAGUUGGCCCUUGACAACAAUCGGCUGACGAGCGUGCCGGCAGAGAUCGGGCAGCUCACGUCGCUGACGGAGUUGAACCUCAACGGUAAUCAGCUGACGAGCGUGCCGGCGGAGGUCGUUCAGCUCACCUCCCUCGAUACUUUGCGCCUCGGCGGCAAUCAGCUGACGAGCGUGCCGGCGGACAUCGGGCAGCUCACGUCGCUGAGGAGGUUGUUCCUCUACGGCAAUCAGCUGACGAGCGUGCCGGCUGAGAUCGCGCAGCUCACAUCACUGAGGGAGUUGGGGUUCUACAACAGUCAGCUCACGAGCGUGCCGGCGGAGAUCGGGCAGCUUACGUCGCUGGAGAAGUGGGACCUCGGCAAAAACGAGCUGGCCAGCGUGCCGGCGGAGAUCGGGCAGCUCACGGCGCUGAGGGAAUUGAGGCUCGACGGCAAUCGGCUGACGAGCUUGCCGGCGGAGAUCGGGCAGCUCGCGUCUCUGAAAAAGUUGCUCCUCGGAUGCAAUCAGCUGACGAGCUUGCCGGCGGAUAUUGGGCAGCUCACCUCGCUGUGGGAGUUGAGGCUCGACGGCAAUCGGCUGACGAGCGUUCCAGCGGAGAUCGGGCAGCUGACCUCGCUGGAGAAGUUGGACCUCAGCGACAACCAGCUGACGAGCGUGCCGACGGAGAUCGGGCAGCUCACAUCGCUGACCGAGUUGUACCUCAACGGCAAUCAGCUGACGAGCGUGCCGGCUGAGAUCGCGCAGCUCACAUCACUGAGGGAGUUGGGGUUCUACAACAGUCAGCUCACGAGCGUGCCGGCGGAGAUCGGGCAGCUUACGUCGCUGGAGAAGUGGGACCUCGGCAAAAACGAGCUGGCCAGCGUGCCGGCGGAGAUCGGGCAGCUCACGGCGCUGAGGGAAUUGAGGCUCGACGGCAAUCGGCUGACGAGCUUGCCGGCGGAGAUCGGGCAGCUCGCGUCUCUGAAAAAGUUGCUCCUCGGAUGCAAUCAGCUGACGAGCUUGCCGGCGGAUAUUGGGCAGCUCACCUCGCUGUGGGAGUUGAGGCUCGACGGCAAUCGGCUGACGAGCGUUCCAGCGGAGAUCGGGCAGCUGACCUCGCUGGAGAAGUUGGACCUCAGCGACAACCAGCUGACGAGCGUGCCGACGGAGAUCGGGCAGCUCACAUCGCUGACCGAGUUGUACCUCAACGGCAAUCAGCUGACCAGCGUGCCGACUGAGAUCGCGCAGCUCUCGUUGCUGGAGCAGUUGUGGCUCUCCGGCAAUCGGCUGAAGAGCGUGCCGGCUGCGAUACGUGAGCUCAGAGCGGCGGGCUGCACUGUGGACCUGGGUCGCGGCGUGACGGUGGACGAGUGA